UGGGCAUUUCGCCUUUUUCUUUUUGUUAUUUGUCCCGGCGACCGCUUCACCGCCGCCAGCGAGACCUUUGGCUUUUGCCUUUCUUCUUCCAUAUAAAGAACAAUUUCAGAUUCCAUUUGAAGGUCUACAGAGAUCUUUCCCGACUCCAGACUCCCCCGUUGCUUUGAGAGCGCGAAGACUUGUUUGAUCCGGAAUCGUUGAAGAAAUGGGGAUUAUGUCUGAUAUUCGAAGCUAUUGGGAGCGGCAAUCCAUGGGAAGUCUUCGGUAUCGUGGCAGCAGCAGCCAUCGCAAUGCCAGCGGCGCCAUCUAUAAAAGAAAUUCCUUCGCGAUUGCUUCUCCCGACGAGAAACGCAGCAAAGCUUUUGCCCGAGAAAGCGUUGUUGCGGGAUUUAAAGCAGCUGCCAUCGCGGCCGUACUCAGCGCGGUGCCUGUGGUAGUAGCUUGUCGCAAGAUUCCAUGGGCAAAGAGGAACCUAAAUCACACUGCUCAAGCGCUCAUCAUAUCCUCUGCAUCCAUUUCCGCCUUCUUUAUCACUGCUGACAAAGCUACUUUGGAGAGCGCAAGAAGCAACACUCACUACGACAAAACAGCUUGAGAAAGGUCAACUUCCCCAUUUGUGGCAGGCAGUCCUUUGUAGUUGUGAAGACUCGACUCAGGCAGUUUGGCCAUGCUUACCGUGAAAUAAUAAAACCCUAAGUGUUCGUCUGUAAUUUGGCAUAUCAAUGGCCUGAUUGUUAGUUUUUUCUACUUGCACACAUUUGGGGAAAGCACGUACCUAAAUGUUUAAUCCAGCGACGAGUUCUCCUACGGCUACAUGAACCAAGUUCCUUAUUAAGUUGAAGACACAUCUCUCCCUUCAACUACGGUGCCUCACUGUAAAAUAAAUCGGCUCCUACAUUCGUUAUUUCUCUUUGCCUAACAAGGUGUUUCAUUUUACCAGCGAACUACUGGUUUGACCAUACCAAUGACAAGAUGGCAAUAAUCUUAAAGAUGAUGGUUCGGAAUAUUAUUGUUUGUGUUUUAGGGUUAGUAUGUUGUGAUGUCGCGUCUUGUCGCGGAGCGAAGAUGGUUUAUGAGCAUGUAUUAUGUGGCAUGUUACAGUGUUUUGUUAGUAUUAGUAGUCUAAAAUUAAUUUUUUGUUAGCAA